CUCCCGGCCGCCGUAGCGGCUCCGAUGUUUUCCUUGACCCGUUAGUUUCAUGACUUUCCUUCCCACCGCCGCUGCAGAUCCCGGAUUCGUGUCCUCGCCUGUCUGCUCGUCGACAUGUCGGAGUUCAACGCGGUGCCCCCGCCCGGAUCCGGGGACCCCUUGGACGGACAGGCAGUUCUCGGGAGCGGAGCAGGUGCCAUCAAAAAAGAUGCAUUUGCGGACGCGGUGCAGAGGGCCCGGCAGAUCGCAGCUAAAAUUGGGGGUGACGCUGGUCCUCCCAUGAACAACAACACUGCAGCGGAUGGCUUUGCAUUCACUGCACAGAAACGACAGCUGGAGGAUGCAGAUGAAACCGGAGAGCAAGAAGCUGGCUGGAGAGAGUGACUUGGAUUCAGCCAAUGCAUUGUCUAUUGGUGCACAGCUAGCUGGUCUUGCACAACAAAGGCCCGCCUCCAGCACAGAGCAGUACAGCGUCCCCGACAGCAUGGUGGGACUGAUUAUAGGCCGUGGAGGUGAACAGAUCAGUAAGAUUCAACAGGAGUCAAGUUGCAAGGUUCAGAUAGCGCCAGACAGCGGAGGCCUUCCAGACAGGUGCGUCUCUCUCACAGGUUCCCAAGACUCCAUACAGAAUGCCAAGAGUCUGUUGGAUGAGAUAGUGUCACGAGGGAUGGGUACACCCCCUUCCUCCUAUCACGAGUCCACCAACGGGCAGAACGGCACUGUGCACGAGAUGAUGAUCCCAGCUGGCAAGGCCGGCCUCGUCAUUGGCAAGGGAGGAGAGACCAUCAAACAGCUACAGCAGCGUGCAGGGGUGAAGAUGAUCCUGAUCCAGGAUGCCUCUCAGGGAGCCAACGUUGACAAGCCCCUGCGCAUUAUCGGAGAUCCUUACAAAGUCCAGCAAGCCCAGGAGAUGGUGCAGGAGAUUCUGAGGGAGAGAGACCACGGUGGCUUUAUUGAACGAAAUGACUUUGGCUCCCGAAUGGGGGGAGGCAUGGAUGUGAGUAUCCCUGUACCAAGACACUCAGUCGGUGUGGUCAUCGGGCGAAAUGGAGAGAUGAUCAAGAAAAUCCAGAAUGAUGCUGGAGUUAGGAUACAAUUCAAACAAGAUGACGGGACUGGUCCAGAUAAAAUUGCCCACGUCAGUGGUCCCCCUGACCGCUGCGAGCACGCUGCCCAGAUCAUCAACGACCUGCUGCAGAGCAUCAGGGUCAGGGAGGAGGGACAAGGGGGUCCACCGGGUCCUCCAGGCAUGCCAGCAGGCAACAGGGGCCGAGGCGGGGGACAAGGUAGUUGGGGGCCCCCUGGAGGGGAAUUGACCUUCUCUAUCCCUGCCCACAAGUGUGGACUCGUGAUUGGCCGGGGAGGAGAGAACGUCAAGUCCAUCAACCAGCAGACAGGGGCCUUUGUGGAAAUCUCUCGACAGCCGCCCCCCAACGGAGACCCCAACUUCAAGCUUUUUAUCAUUCGGGGCUCCCCGCAGCAGAUCGACCACGCCAAGCAGCUCAUUGAGGAGAAGAUUGAGGGACCUUUGUGUCAUGUUGGCCCUGGGCCAGGUGGACCAGGUGGACCAGGUCCUGCUGGUCCAAUGGGCCCCUACAAUACCAACCCAUACAACCCCGGACUACCUGGGGCGCCCGGACCACCGCACGGUGGUCCUCCAGAUCCUCAGCAGUACACCUUCCAGCAGUGGCAGACCCAGGCACCCCAUGACCCCAGCAAGGCAGCAGCCAAUGACCCCAAUGCAGCCUGGGCGGCCUACUACGCUCAGUACUACCAGCAGCCAUCGGGGGCUGUGCCAGCCCAGUACCCCGCUGACCCAGCUGGAAGUGCCCAAACUUCAGGGGACCAGACCCAGCCUGCUCAGGCGCCGGGGGGCCAGCCAGACUACACCAAGGCCUGGGAGGAGUACUACAAGAAGAUGGCCCAGGCAGGUGUCUCUGCUCCUGGGACAGCAGCUGCAGCCCCAGGAGCAGCAGGAGGGGCGGCAUCCACACCGGGGGGCCAGCAGGACUACAGCGCAGCCUGGGCGGAGUACUACAGGCAGCAGGCUGUGUACUAUGGCCAGACGGGACAGGCCCCCGGGCAGCCAGCCAACCCCCAGCAAGGACAGACGCAGUGAGAGUUCACAGCAAAAGGGAGAGAGACUUGUAGACGGGAUGAUGAAGACGACCCGGAACUUGAGGCCAGGAUCAAGCCUGCUUUUAAUUCCUUGUGAGGGGAAAUAAAAACCGUCCUCACCACUAAACACCACUGGGAUACUUUUUCAUAGAAAUAUGAACUGAACAAAUGUUCUAGUGCUUUGCUGCUGGGAGGGAGAAGACUGAUAAUCCCUCCAUGACAGGUACACAGCUUCUCAACGCUUCUGCAUACUUUUAUAUAUGCCGUUAUGAACAUGGAAGCCUUGAAACGUGUACUUUAUAACGGAGGGGUUGCCAACAAAGCUCAGUCUCAUCUUCUUUUUAUUUACUUCUUAAGACCCAUUUUUAUAGCACUUCAUACCCCUGUGUUGUAUUUACUGAAUUGCACAUAGCUAUUAUGACUAUAAUCCUGUUGUGUAUCUGGUACAGGUGAUAUACGUCAGAGAAAUCCUUUUUAAAGCUUAUUUGAUUUGCUCAAUGUUCGUGACUUAAAGAAAAAAAAAUUAAAUAGACAAUUUUCCCCUCAGCUGAGGCUUGCAUGUUAUUUCAACGUGUGUACAAUUGGAUUAUUUUGCAUUAUUUUGUACGAACGAGCCUGUUUGACGAUGUGCAGAUUCCACAGUGUUGAUUCGUGCAUUUGGGCUAACUAACAACUGCUGGAACGCUACAAAGUAAGACCCCUAAUAAAGAGCAGAACAACCCUUCACCUGCAGAACGGCUUCUUGUGGGGGUGACAUGCCAGUUAUGUGAAAAUGUGUUCAUUGGGGAGUCCAUGACAAGCAGUGAGUACUUGAAGGUUGCAGGAGUUAAGGGCACCAGGUGAAAGCGUCUCUGUUUUGGCCUUGGAUAAAAAUGGCUUCCCAUUCACGACCCUGCCAUAAAUUCCAGUGUGAGGACCAUGACGUAAAGCCGUAUGUUUGGUUCAUGUUGCCGUGAUUUAAGACUUCUCUCCUUGCCUUAGUUUGUUUUGCACUGUUUUCACACAUCAUCUGUAGUUCAAGCACCUCUUUUGCAUCUUGAGAAGUCCAUUCGGCAGACAGAAAAAUUAUGCUUUUAUAAAGAAUUUGGCCAAUCCGAGUUAUCUCAUAUUGCUUGUGAACAUGUGGUGGAAGUGGGCAUGUUGUGACCUUCAUUUGGAGGUUCUGUUAUCCUCUGCGGUUCACAAUGCUGCAGGUCAUGUCAUGUAAAGGAUAUUGUCACAACACAUUUGAACCAGGCUGUGAUUUUGUUUCAUCUCGAGGUUGCACGCGAUUGCUUUUCUUAAUAUGCUUUGAUGGAUGCCAACAAGAAUGUGUUGAUCUUUUUUCCUUCCCAGUCACUGUGUGCAACAGAUUGAAAUGUAGUCUUCCAGUGGGUUUCACUUUAAUAUAUAUUGUAUAUGUACAUAUAUUCAGCAAUACAAGGCUGUUGGUUUUGACUUCCAGAGAUGUAUCAGGUAUGAAUCUUGUAUUCUGAAUGGCAGCUGUGAGCCUGCCUUUGGCAGCAGUGUUGAUAUUGUUAAUAGAUGACCACCAGCAGCAAUACUCUGAAUUAAAUUGAGGUAAAUGUUGAUUACUGUCAAAUGUGUGUUGAACAUGUUGUUGUCUUUGGUGUUCUAUUACAAGUGUAUGUACAUAAAACAAAGCCCAUUGUGCGGACAAAAGCAGUUGCGAUAAAUCACCACUGCAUGUCACUAUUGGUCUUCUGCAGAUUAAUCCAACAGUCCUGCCAAGAUGAAACCCAGAUAUUGACAAAAAUAUUUCUUAAGAUCUCUUGUGAAAUAAAAAUGUGCGAGGAUGA